AUGCGUGGGACCUCUGAUCCGCACCUGCGCCCUGGACACGUGGCCUUUGAAAGGUCCUGCACACAAGGCACAGAAGAGUAUUUGGGCAGGAUCGCCAGGCCCCGCCUCGAAGUGGGCGUGGCUGGCCGGGAGCGCGCUCCUGGGCUAGUCCCGCGAGACCUCACCCACCAGGCGCGGCGCGCGUUGCCCAGGCGACCGUGUAGGGCGCGCAGGCGCAGUGUAGGCGUGCCCCGCCCCCGCCGCCGCCGCGGCCGCCGCGUCUUCCCCUUUAAGCCCCAGCCGGUCGCGUCGCCGCUUCAUGAAUGGAGCCCACGUGACCAAACAUCAUGUGACGUCUGUGGAGCGGCGGCGGCGGUGGCUGUGGCGGCGGUGUCGGCGGCGGCGGCGGAGAAUCCCGAGCCCCGAGCCUGGUCCAGCCCGGCCUUCCCAGCGCGCUCGGCGCGGCCCGCGCAAGCGGCGAGCCCCCACUCUGGGCGCGGAGUACUCGCUCGGCCAGCCCAGCGCGGCCUCGGAGUGCCCGCCCCGCCCCGCCCCGGCCUCGGCCCGCCGGGCCCGCAGUGUGGUGGGUGA